AUGCGUCCAUCGCCCGCACUGCGCCUGUCGAGCAUCCAGCUCACGCUCUUCACACGCGCCAACUGCGGGCUCUGCGACGUGGCCAAAGCGCGCAUUGGCGAGUUCAUGAGCAGCAGCAGCAGCAACGCUAAUAAGACCAAACAGCCCGCGCCUCGCGUCGUCAACUACACCGAAAUCGACAUCAUGGACCCGGCGCAGACAAAGUGGCGGGAGGUCUAUGAGUUCGAUGUGCCCGUGCUACACGUCGACUACGCACAAACCCCCACGCUCGACGCGGCCAAGAAGCUCAUGCACAGGUUUACGGCGCAGGAAGUUGAAAACGCGGUCGAUGAGGUUGAGCAGCGAGGCUCGAGUUCCUGA